GCGCGCGCGGGGCGUGGGGCGGGUGUGCGCAGCCUCCUCCUCCUCCCCCCUCCUCCUCCUCGCCUUUUGCGCCCUUGGCCAGGCGCCUGGAGAAGCCGGGAUCGUCUGGAUCGUCCCCCCGCGAUCACCGGCAGCAGGCUUUUCCUUCCAAGAUCCCCCGAUCCCCGGAUUUCCCAGCCUGCCUUGCCCCGGGAGCGCUUCUUCCAUAACCUUCCUUGAGGGUUUUAACUGUGCCCGUUUCCUUUGCUGCGGAAGGAGGUCUUCUUCUCCACCACCAACCUUGGUUUUCUUCUGGCCAGCUUUUGCCAUAACCUGGGUUUCUUUGGAUCCCUCCUCAUCCUCCUCUCCCUGGUGGUGGUGGUGGGAGGGAAAGGGAUCCACCCCAGGGAACCUUGAUGGUAACAGCACCGCUUUCUUCCUCACCUUCAUCCUUCUUCUGGUCUUCUGGAUGAUGAGGAUGAUGAUGAUGAUGAUGAUGGAGAUGGAGCGAUCUCCUCUGUUCUAGUUGCCCUUUCUUCUCCCUUCUUCCUUCCGCUUGACCUUCUGCCUGCCUUCUUCUUGGACUUUCCAUCCUUCGCAGAAGUGCUUCUCCUGGCCUUAACCGAGAACCUGGGCUCCCUUGACCAAACACCCCACCACCACACCCGUAAUGGACUUCAUUCUCAGCGGGGUGGCUGCCUGUGGGGCCUGCCUCUUUACCAACCCCCUGGAAGUGGUGAAGACGCGGAUGCAGCUCCAGGGGGAACUCCGGGCGCCUGACUACACCCGCCAUUACCGUAACGUCUUCCACGCCUUCUACACCAUCGCACGGGUGGACGGGCUGGCGGCUCUCCAGCGAGGACUUUCACCUGCCUUGUUCUAUCAGUUUGGCUUUAACGGCAUCCGCUUGGGCACCUACGGGUUGGCGGAAUCGGAAGGCUACAUCCAUAACCGGGACGGACGGCUCAGCCCGUUGCGGGCCACCCUGGCAGGAGCUUUGGCUGGCGCCGCAAGUGCCAUUGUGAGCAGCCCCCUGUAUCUGGUGAAGACUCAUCUCCAAGCGCAGUCAGCGUCUGAGAUUGCUGUUGGACACCAGUAUCAGCACCAGGGAAUGUUCCAUGCGUUAUGUGGGAUCCACAAAGAACACGGUGUAUUAGGGCUGUGGCGUGGAGCCAUUUCUUCCGUGCCCCGAGUCAUGGUCGGUUCAUCCACGCAGCUAUGUACCUUCUCCUUUUCCAAACAGUUCUUCAACAACCUCGAGAUCUUCCCCAAAGACAGCUGGCUGAUUGCCUUGAGCGCCGGGAUGACGAGCAGCUUCGUUGUGGCCAUCGCCAUGACACCUUUUGAUGUGGCCAGCACCCGCCUUUACAACCAACCGGUUGGACCCGAUGGCCAGGGCAUGAUGUACAAAGGACUUUUAGACUGCCUGGCUAAAAUCAUCCGCAUGGAGGGCUUUUGGGGAGCCUUCAAAGGAGUGGGGGCUUCAUACUUCCGCAUCGGGCCGCACACCAUCCUCAGCCUUCUCUUCUGGGAUCAGAUCCGCCAAGUCAACUUCCGCUGGCUGCAGAAGUGAAACCGCUCAUAAGGGGGGGGGGGGAAUGCCCACGCCCCAAUUUGCACGUCACGACAUACCUCAGGGCAGGGGCAGCCCGGACCUCGCUGUCAGUCAAGCUAGUCUCAAGAGAUUCGAUGCCAGCAGGCGGCAUCGAUUUCUUACUGGGCAGAGAAAGAUAUUGGCGGCCCAUUCCUCAUUGCUUUGUUUUUUUGGCCGUUCUCACCUCUGGGUCCCCCUUUUCUACUUCGCUUACAGAUGGGGGGAGAAAAAUUAACCUGCAACUCUUUCUCCUGCCCGGAACAAUGAUACCGUAAUCCUAACUUCUGGAUCGAGGAGCCAACGCAUCAUGCAGAAGCUCUUCCAGACUUGAUGCUUGUGCCGGAAUACACUUGGCCCAUUCUAUAGUGAAGCACCAUUUUUUCCACUGCAGAAGAUGGACUGCUGUCAGCUUGGUAAAUGGCCUCUGGGUCCCACCUACCUAUGAGGACCCCCUAAAAAGUUUUCUGGGGGACUCCAUUGGUCACUUCUACCCAGUUUGCAAACUUAUAAGGCCUCUGUAAAGGUGGCGAGGGGCAGCCUGAGUUCAAACUGUUUUUCCAUGGCAACCAAAUAGGCCUACAGCAAUAAUGGGAUUCAAAUCCCAUCGCUACCAAUUUGCCCGAACCAGGGUAAACCGGUAGCACCUGCUCUUGUUAAUCCAGCCUCUAGGUGGCACUAGAGUGCCGUCCUGCUCUUUUUGAUUUCUCGCUCCCGUUUCCCCCCUUAUCAAUAUCCACGUGCUGUUAAACGUUAUCAGAUCUGUUUGUAAACUUUCAGUUGGGUAAAAUGGUGCGUUACGGAGACAACCAUUUUUUGAAUCGACGUACCUGAAGUGGGGUAACAUACAGAAUUGUGUCCAAAACCUAGGCCCCGUAGGACUGGGAAUUGAAAUUUGACAAAAUUUGUGUGGCCGUUUUCAGUCGCACCACCGCAAUCGAGUCAUUGUCCUUUCCAACACUCCCUGACACCUUCGGCAACGGUAAAGCCAGAAAGGUAAGUCGCAAGUUGUUCAGGUAAGUCUCCCCCAACUCACACAACACCCAUCGUCCCUCUGGGCUCCCACCCCACUGGCCACUCAUGUACCGUCGCACACUCUUAGCCGCGCUGCAAUUCUGCAUGCGAAAUCAAUCUCAUGGCAUGUGUCCUGCACCCCUGCUCAGCCUUCCCGACCCACGUCCCUGGGCACCCCAUCUGACUUUUUGCACACCCCUGCAUCCUUCUGGACCUCCACAGCACCUCUCGCACAUUCCCUGCACGACAUUCCUGAGCUGUUCUGAACCAUGUGGCACCUCUCUCACGCCUCCUUCCCAAUUCUUGUGAUUAGCUCCACCUUGUGCAGAGUCCAUUUAUAUUUUUAUUUUUAUUAAUUCAACAGAAAAGGGACCAGGAAGUAUAAACUUGAUGCAGCAGGAGGGAAGGAAGGAAGAGGAAAGGAAGGAAGGGAAAGGAAAGGAAAGAAAAGAAAGGAAAGGGAAAGGAAAGGAAAGAAGGAAAGGAAGGGAAAGGAAAGAAGGAAGGGAAAGGAAGGGAAGGGAAAGAAGGAAAGGAAAGGAAAGGAAAUGAAGGGAAAGAAAAGGCAAGAAGAAAGGGAAGGGAAAGGAAAGAAAGGAAGGAAGGGAAGGGAAAGAAGAAAGGAAAGGGAGGGUAAACUGCCAGGCAGGUCAGGGAAAACAUAUCGACUAACUCCCAUUUUAGCUGUGGAAUUCUGGGAGUUUAAGUCUGCACAUCAUAAACUGUUCUUGUUUAAUCUUCAAGGCCUCCUUAUCAUGAAAACAGGAAAUAAAUUCGCAUCUUCCCAUGACAAAAAAACCCCCUUCAUUCAUUCAAGGCUAUCGUUCCAAAUCCCUCCGCCUCCUUAAUCCUUCGCUAACUUUCCCCAAAUCCAAAUACUUAAAGGUUUUGCUACCUAUAUAUUUUCAAAAUGUUAAUUUAAAAAAAAAAACAAAAUUCAAAUUGAUGUCGUCAUCCUUUAAAGCAGUGGUCCCCAACCCCCGGUCCGCGGACCGGUGCCGGGCCGUGGAGUACCUGGCACCGGGCCGCGCAGCGGCCGGGGGACAUGAACGCUGCAGCGCAAAGGCUCCUGGGCCGUGCGCAAAAGCUCCUGGGCCGUGCGCAAUGGGCCGUGCGCAAAAGCUCCUGGGCCGUGCCCCCACCCCUGCGCGCGCUCAGCGGGCCACGGCGAUAAAAAGGUUGGGGACCACUGCUUUAAAGGAGGAGAAACUCGCCGACAAAUACAGUAAAACCUUACUGGUCUGAAGGAUCUUAAAUCUCUUCCAAUAUGCAAAGGAAGAAACCGAUUUAAGAAACGGGGCUCAAUUCAGUUUAGCAUUUGUUAAAUUCUGCGCUGCAACUCCCAGUCGCUCCACAAAAAAUGGCAGUUUCCAUGGUCUGGUCACGAGGAGCGCCUCUCCAGAGUCACAUGAAUCAUCUCUACCAACUCUCUCCUUCCGGAGAGGUUUUGCCUCUCUCAAUCUAACAUCCGGCUGUGAUUUCCUUGCAAAAUGAUGUCCUGCUAACAAAAGAGGACAUCAUUUGGCCAUCCUAGAAAAUGAUAAGGGACGGGGCAAGAUUUUGGACACAUUCUGUAAAUUGGCCCUGUUUGAGGUACACCGAUUCAAAAAAAUUUGCCUUAUGAUGCACGCAGGGGUGGGAUUCAAAAUUGUAACAACCAGUUCUCUGCCCGGUUGCUGGGUGGGGGUGGCCAUGGUGGGCGUGACCUAUUCGUCCUCCUGCACCACGAUUGGGGGGUGUUUUCGCCCUCCCCACGCUCCAUAGGCUUUCUUCGAGCCUCCGGGAGGGCAAAAAUGGCCUCCCCUGGGCUCCGGAGCCUGGAAACGGGCCCUUUUCCGGAACUUCUGGGAGGCCCGUUUUUUGCCUUCCCAGAGUCUCCGCACUUACCUGGCAUCCAAAACUGGCUGCAUGGAGACUCCUGGGAGGGGCAGGGCCAGUCAAUCCUUGCAACUACCGGUUUAGCAAACCAGAUGUAAAAUUAGCAUCUGGUUUGCCCGAACCGGCUGAAUCCCACCCCUGAACACACCCAACAUUUCGCACCAAACGUUGCAAACGGACACAAGAAUUUUAAUGUCAGAUAGAUAGGUAAAACUUUUGUUGAAGCUUGCGUUUAUUUUAAUCAAGCAGCAGACCUGAAGCACAAAGGAUCCACGUAAAAGGGAGAAAGGCAUUCACUGUAAUUGAGGACUCCAAUCCACACAGUAAACUCUGUUUCCAUUGGACGUAGCACUGGUGGUGCUAAGAGAUGAUACAUGCACGCAAAGCAUGACGUAUGAGAUUUUUAACCGUUUUACACCUUUGGAAAAAAAAAACACCCCACUAUAUUUUCACAGGUUGAUCUUUUUUUUUAAAAACCAGCUCCACGUUGGCCUCCGUGUCGCUUGAUGCACAAGAACACGGUUGAGGAAACUCAACUUGGAAACGACCCCAAAUUUCACGACAAAAUGCGUAAAGCUUUUUGGGAGCGACAGAAUUUGAAGGAAGGAAGAAGUUUUGCUUGCAGCAAAUUUCCUUCUGCUUUUUACGUUUUUUUUCUUAAUCGUUCGAGGGCGAGGAAGUCACCGGUGCGUGUCUAGAACUUAAACGGCUACUCCAAAUAAAAAAUCUCUCUUUGGCGGUUC